GCGGUCACACUGACGAAAAUAAAGAGGAAAAAAGUGCUGGAGGAAAGAAACACAAUACGAUUUCCACUUCGAUUUCCCAAUUCCCUGCGCAUAAUCCGUGGGCCAGGAAUUCGACUUUAGCUGCGGGCCCCCGACAAUUAGAUGUGUUCCCAGUUGUAGUGCCACGCCUCCCGCGAGUCCCCGCCCCGAAAGGUCAACAUCGUAACGAAGAGCGCUCGAGUCCAGGAAGCCAAAGCCGAAGCAAAAGCAAGAGCGAGAUGGCCGGCCAACAGCUCGCGGCCCUGAAUCUGAAUCCCAAUCCCAAUGCCAAUGCCAAUGUCAAUGCCAGUUGCAGUCCCAACUCGCCGAAGGCCCUGUACGACCUCUCGCUGCAGUGCCUCAUCGGGAGCAUGAACACCAAGGUGCCGGCGCUGGAGAGGAUCAGCCGCCUGGCGGAGCUGCCGCGCAACCUGCUCAUCGAUGUCUACGAAAUGAUGUCGCAGCAGGAGUCGUUGAAGGACACGCUGCUGGAGGAGCUGGCCCAGCUGGAGGUGUUCUCGCGACUCGUUCGCUACUCUGCCGCCCGCAGCAAGUUGCUGCGCAUAAUGGCCUCCCUGAUGGCCAGCAAGAAGAUGCUGGCCAGCCGCCUCAGCGAGAACUAUGUGUCGCGCUACGGAGUGCCCGGACAGGAGGAGGAGGAGGUCCAACUGCCACUGCUGAAGGCGGCGGACAAGACCAGCCCGGAUCAGACAGCGAGCUCGCAGGAGAGCCGCUCCUCGGAGCUGGACCAGCUGCUUAUCUAUGACCUACAGACGGGGGCCAGCAUCGGGUCCGGCUCCAGUUCCAGUCCUUUCGAUGCCCGUCCCCAAUGCAUGUCCAUACAGGAACCCCAGUCCCCGGUGCCAUCGCUGGCCGAGCUCACGCUGUAUAACAAGGCUGCCGUCGACGAGCUGCCCGCCGAGGAGUUGCAGGCCAUCGACCUGGGCCUGCGCCUCGGAUCGUUCCUCUCGGAGGCCGGGUGGAUGCAGGAGAGCAUCACCGUGCUGGCAUGCCUCAAUGGAAGACUGAAGCACCUGCCGCCCCACAAACACUGGUUGGAGAUGCGUCUCGACUGCCUGCAGCGCCUCCUCUACGCAGAAUCGGCCCACUGCAACUUCAAGCUGGCCCAGCGCACCUACGACGAACUGGUCAGCCUGAACAAAUCGAUCCACAGCCGUGUGCCCGGCCAGCUGGUGGCCAUAGCCUACACCCAGAUUUCGGCCAUGUACUUUGCCCGCAACGAGUACAACUACAGUCACAUAUGGAGCGGCCUGGCCAUGCAGCACCUGAGGGGAUCUGCGCCACCGCGCAUCAUCAUCGAUGUGCUGCGCCAAGCGGCCAAGGCCUGUGUCGUCAAGAGGGACUUUGCCCGGGCCAAUCUGCUCAUCUGCCAGGCGGUGCGUCGCGCUCGCGAACACUUCGGCGUUACGCAUCAGAAGUACGGAGAUGCCCUGCUGGACUACGGAUUCUUCCUGCUCAACGUGGACUCUGUGUUCCAGUCGGUCAACGUGUACAAGGAGGCGCUGGCCGUGCGGCGGGGCAUCUUCGGCAACAUGAACUUCCACGUGGCCAUUGCCCACGAGGACUUGUCCUACGCCUACUACGUGCACGAGUACAGCACGGGCGACUUUAGCUGUGCCCAGGAUCACGUGGACAAGGCGGUGAACAUAAUGAAGAAUCUGGUGCCCAGCAAUCAUCUGAUGCUGGCCUCGGCGAAGCGCGUGAAGGCGCUGCUGCUGGAGGAGAUCGCGCUGGACAAGAUGGCCGACGGCAUGGACGAGGAGGACCUGCUGCUGCAGUCCGAGGAGCUGCACAAUUUCGCCCUGCUCCUGUCGCUCGAAGUGUUCGGCGAGGUGAAUGUGCAGACGGCGAAGCACUAUGGAAAUCUGGGGCGUCUAUACCAAACGAUGAACCGCUUCGAGGAGGCGGAACGAAUGCACCAGAAGGCGAUCAAAAUCAAGACUGAUCUGCUAGGUGCCUUCGACUACGAGGUGGGCUUGUCCAUCGGCCACUUGGCCUCGCUGUACAACUACCAGAUGAAGAAGUACCGCGAUGCCGAGAAGCUCUACCUGCGCAGCAUCGACAUAAGCCUGCGUCUGUUUGGGCACUCGUACUCGGGCCUGGAGUACGACUACCUGGGCCUGUGCCACGUCUACGAAACGCUGCACGACUUUGAGAAGUAUUUGAAGUAUGCGCACACCCUGGAGAACUGGCAGAUGCUGCGAGGCCAGAAUCUUACUCAAAAUAAGUCCAGCUACCCCGCCAUCGAGGUGGACUUCUCCAUCGAGGAGGUCAGGAGCAAGUUCUUCAACAUGUGUGUCUGCAAGAACAGUCCGACUCGUUCGGCGCCACUGGAAUCGGCUGCGAGUCCCAACUGAGAUGGGGCUUCGGGAGUGGGAGCGGAAGCAGAAGUGGAAAUGGAAAUGUUAGCGGCUGAGGAGGAGCAAGAGGAGGAGGAGGAGGUGAGAGUUGCACCCGCACUAGCCAUCGCCAUCGCACCCACACCCCCGGCAUCGGAUGGCACAAACUGGAGGGCAAACUGCAGCAGGAGCGGCGGCGGAGACGGAGGCGGCAGCAUCUGCAGUUUGUCCUAGAUAAGAGAUUCGCAUAAGUUGACCCACACGUCGUUUAGGCAGGAAGGAGGGAGGAGCGUCAAGGAUCGACCCGUGUGUUCUAUAGAAUAUGUCUAAGUAUAGUUAGAUAGCUUAGCUCGGUCGGCGCCGCCUUGAGUUCACCCGCGCUCUGUUUGAUGUUUUUGUUGUCCAUAUCCAUUUCCCUCGAAUAUGCCCCGCAGCCGUAGCCCAUAUAUAUUCUAAACAUAUGUGUUAAGUCGCCCCGCGUGAGGGUCAGUUCAGGAGGUGUUCCGUUGUGUUCCAGCCAUCAUCGAAUACGUCCAGUACCCUUAGUCCCACAGUUUUCGAGGAGCCCAGUCCUGUCAGUCCUUUUCAGUCAGAUGAGAACCUAGGCUAAGAUGUAGUAGUAUUGUUGGAGCUCCGGUUGACCGGCCACGACCGGGCGAUCGUUGAGCUGAUAGUUUUUUAACGUAUUCCCCGCGCUUUGGCCCGUGUACAAAUGCUUAAGUUUUAAUGCACUCCCGCGUCUAAUGAUUCUGCUAUUGUAUUUUUUUCUGCAAACUUGAGGAUCCGGCCCGGCGCCAGAGGACGAGCUGCCCUGCUUUCGUUUUGCUUUCUAGGUCUACCAGCGAAUGUACUCAAUCUGUUCACUUCCACCCGCGCACCAGCGUUUCGUCAGGCGCUUGAAGCACAGAGCGAAGAACGGUGUUGUAUAGAGCGCAGGAGUAAGCGCGUUGUAUAGAUUACUAGACUACUAGGCCUCUCCGAAGCGAUGUAACAUGUAUAUUUCUAGUACGUACACACGGAACCGACCCGUGGACAAAAGUAUUGCCGCAGCCCAGGCGUUGGACACAGGGGCUGGAGGGCAUGGCGACGGGAGGGCUUUGUAAAUAACUCGGGUUGAUAGCACAGCUUCCAGUUGCAAAGGAAAGGUCUAUUAUAGUGGACAUAACAUAUUAUAAUAUUAAUAAACGCCUAUGCAUAAAGACAGUUUAUACCUUUAGCAUUUGCUACCUAGGGCGAUACUUAUAACACACAAUUGUAGUUGCAAACUCUCUGGCAUUACUUAGCGAUUAGUUUAAGAGCGACGUCGUAAAUCUCAAAUAAAAUAACUGCAAAUCAA